CAGUAAUGGAAUAACUCUGCUGAUCGUCUUUGAAUCCUGGAGCAGGAAGUGACGCCGACUGACUGAAGAUGAUGAUGAUGGAGGAAGAGGAGGACAGAGCAGAGUCUGCAGGAUCCAGCUGUCCGUCUGUGAGGAGUGACCGGUCCAAAGAUCUAACUCCACACUUCAGUGGUGAACCUGGACCAACGAGAGGUCAGAGGUCACAGUCUGCAGGGUCCAGCUGUCCGUCUGUGAGGAGUGACUGGUCCAAAGGUUAUAAUCCAGACUUCAGUGCUGAAGCUGGACCAAUGAGAGUGGACCAGCAGAGCUCAGAGGUUCCCAGUGGUCAGUCUGCCCAGCAGCAUCAAACACAGCUGGACUCCAUAUUUAUGCUGCUGGAGGACAACAUCAUCACUUUUGUGAAGAACGAGCUGAAGAAGAUCCAGAAGGUUCUGAGUCCAGAUUACCCAGAAUGCUUAGAGAGUCGGAGGAGCAGCAGCAGAGAGGCAUUUGUGAAGAUCACAGUGGACUUCCUGAGGAGAAUGAAGCAGGAGGAGCUGGCUGACCGUCUGCAGAGCAGAACUACCAUUAGGAACUUCCAGUGGAGUAAGUGUGAACUCAAAUCUGCACUGAGGAAGAAGUUCCAGUGUGUGUUUGAGGGCAUCGCUAAAGCAGGAAACCCAACCCUUCUGAAUCAGAUCUACACAGAGCUCUACAUCACAGAGGGAGGGACUGCAGAGGUCAAUGAUGAACAUGAGGUCAGACAGAUUGAAACAGCAUCCAGGAAACCAGACAGACCAGAAACAACAAUCAGACAAGAAGACAUCUUUAAAGCCUCACCUGGAAGAGAUGAACCAAUCAGAACAGUGCUGACAAAGGGAGUGGCUGGCAUUGGGAAAACAGUCUUAACACAGAAAUACAGCCUGGACUGGGCUGAAGACAAAGCCAACCAGGACAUCCAGUUCAUAUUUCCAUUCACUUUCAGAGAGCUGAAUGUGCUGAAAGAGGAAAAGUUCAGCUUGGUGGGACUUGUUCAUCACUUCUUUACUGAAACCAAAGAAGCAGGAAUCUGCAGCUUUGAAGACUUCCAGGUUGUCUUCAUCUUUGAUGGUCUGGAUGAGUGUCGACUUCCUCUGGACUUCCACAAAACUACAAUCCUGACUGACCCUAGAAAGUCCACCUCAGUGGAUGUGCUGCUGAUAAACCUCAUCAGGGGGAAACUGCUUCCCUCUGCUCGCCUCUGGAUAACCACACGACCUGCAGCAGCCAAUCAGAUCCCUCCUGACUGUGUUGGCAUGGUGACAGAGGUCAGAGGGUUCACUGACCCACAGAAGGAGGAGUACUUCAGGAAGAGAUUCAGAGAUGAGGAGCAGGCCAGCAGGAUCAUCUCCCACAUCAAGACAUCACGAAGCCUCCAGAUCAUGUGCCACAUCCCAGUCUUCUGCUGGAUCACUGCUACAGUUCUGGAGGAUGUGCUGGAAACCAGAGAGGGAGGACAGCUGCCCAAGACCCUGACUCAGAUGUACAUCCACUUCCUGGUGGUUCAGGCCAAAGUGAAGAAGGUCAAGUAUGAUGGAGGAGCUGAGACAGAUCCACACUGGAGUCCAGAGAGCAGGAAGAUGAUGGAGUCUCUGGGAAAACUGGCUUUUGAUCAGCUGCAGAGAGGAAACCUGAUCUUCUAUGAAUCAGACCUGACAGAGUGUGGCAUCGAUAUCAGAGCAGCCUCAGUGUACUCAGGAGUGUUCACACAGAUCUUUAAAGAGGAGAGAGGACUGUACCAGGACAAGGUGUUCUGCUUCAUCCAUCUGAGUGUUCAGGAGUUUCUGGCUGCUCUUCAUGUCCAUCUGACCUUCAUCAACUCUGGACUCAAUCUAAUGGAAGGACAACAAACAACGUCCAAGCGGUCUAACUUUUUUAGAAAAAAAGAGUCUCUCCACCAGAGUGCUGUGAACAAGGCCUUACAGAGUUCAAAUGGACACCUGGACUUGUUCCUCCGCUUCCUCCUGGGUCUUUCACUGCAGACCAAUCAGACUCUCCUACGAGGUCUGCUGACACAGACAGGAAGUAGCUCACAGACCAAUCAGGAAACAGUCCAGUACAUCAAGAAGAAGCUCACUGAGAAUCUGUCUGCAGAGAAAAGCAUCAAUCUGCUCCACUGUCUGAAUGAACUGAAUGAUCGUUCUCUAGUGGAGGAGAUCCAACAGUCCCUCAGAUCAGGAAGUCUCUCCACAGAUGAACUGUCUCCUGCUCAGUGGUCAGCUCUGGUCUUCAUCUUACUGUCAUCAGAAAAAGAUCUGGAUGUGUUUGACCUGCAGAAAUACUCUGCUUCAGAGGAGGCUCUUCUGAGGCUGCUGCCAGUGGUCAAAGCUUCCAACAAAGCUCUGCUGAGUGUCCCUGAUCUCUCUGAAAGAGGGUAUGAAGCUCUGUCCUCAGUUCUCAGCUCCCAGUCUUCUACACUGAGAGAGCUGGACUUAAGUAAAAACAACCUGCAGGAUCCAGCAGUGAAGUUUCUUUCUGCAGGACUGAGAAGUCCACACUGUAAACUGAAUACUCUGGGACUGAGUCACUGUAAGCUCUCAGAGAGAGGCUAUGAAGCUCUGUCCUCAGUGCUCAGCUCCCAGUCCUCUAGUCUGAGACAGCUGGACCUGAGUAACUCUGACCUGCAGGAUUCAGGAGUGAAGUUUCUGUCUGCUGGAGUGAAGAGUCCACACUGUAAAAUGGAAACUCUCAGUCUGUCAGGCUGUCUGAUCACAGAGGAAGGCUGUACUUCUCUGGCCUCAGCUCUGAGCUCCAACCCCUCCCAUCUGAGAGAGCUAGACCUGAGCUACAAUCAUCCAGGAGACUCAGGAAUGCGGCUGCUGUCGGCUGGACUGAAGGAUCCAGGCUGGAGACUGGACACUCUCAGGGUGGAGCCUGCUGGAGUCCGAUGGUUGAGACCAGGUCUGAGGAAGUAUUCCUGUCAACUCACAAUCGACACAAACACAGUGAACACAAAGCUCCAACUGUCUGACAACAACAGGAAGGUGACACAUGUGGAGGUUCAGUCAUAUCCUGAUCAUCCAGACAGAUUUGAUGUUCCUCAGCUGCUGUGUAGAAAUGGUCUGACUGGUCGCUGUUACUGGGAGGUCGAGUGGAGAGGAGACGUUUAUAUAUCAGUGAGUUACAGAAGCAUCAGAAGGAAAGGAGGCAGAGACUGUUGGUUUGGACACAAUGAUCAGUCCUGGAGUCUGUGGUGCUCUGAUGAUGGUCCUCGUUCUAUCUGUCACAAUAACAGACACACAUCCUCCUCCUCCUCCUCCUCCUCCUCCUCCUCUGUCUCUAACAGAGCAGCAGUGUAUGUGGACUGUCCUGCUGGCACUCUGUCCUUCUACAGAGUCUCCUCUGACACUCUGAUCCACCUCCACACCUUCAACACCACAUUCACUCAAACUCUUUAUCCUGGGUUUUGGGUCUGGUCUGGUUCCUCAGUGUCCCUGUGCUGAGUGUAAAGAGUGUCUCCUGUUAGAGAAACACUCUGACUGUUGAACAGUUCAGUCUGUACAUGUCUGUCUCUUUCACUCACAAACACGUUUUCACAUUCAAUCAGUUGAUGUUUGAAACUCUUCUAAAUGAUUCCUUGUAAACUUCUUCCUCUUCAGUCACAAACAAACAGGAAGUGAUGUCACAUGUGUUCCUGUCCACACAGCAGAAUGAGUCUAUUGCUGACAGUGAUGUACAAACAGAGUGAGCAUUUCUGAGGCCAAAAUAAACUGAGUAGUUCACUGAA